AUAUGCCGAACCAAUCGCAGCUCGGAGUGCUCGCCUGUCUAAUGGAUGACGAAUUCCUCUCUGGAACUCCAUAGCGAUCUUCACCUCUAAAAUAUCGAACAACUCGUCGUCAGGACCGACCAUCUCUCUAAGACGCAUCCUCCAGUGAAACACUGUAUAGCACUGUUGCUUCGCACUGUGCCUCUCUUCUGAAGUCGUGCGGUGGGAAACACUUCGAGAAGCGAGACAUACACUCGAUAUAUAUGAAGAUAUUAGAAAAAGGAGUUGCUUUAUUCCCCGGAUAGAAAAAUAGCAUUAUUGGAUAAUUGAACGGAGUGCUUUUUCAGAGGGUCUCCGAAAUAACAGACUCCACCAUCGGACAGUGUGUUUUGUGGUUCGUCCUCAGGUGACAGAGAGAGCAGGAAGAAAGCGGGGACUCGCCGAUGCCGUCUCCUCUCAUGUGGGUUGCUCUGCUCUACGGCAUGAUCUUCCUGUACGGCGGUCAGCCUGCAUCCGCGUGCGGCCCGGGAAAAUUUUUCGGGAGUCGUCGGACACCCCGCAAGCUCACGCCCCUGGUCUACAAGGAACACAUCCCCAACACGGAGGAAUUUUCUCUGGCUGCCUCGGAACCCCCGGAAGGGCGGCUUACGAGAAACGACCCCAAAUUCAAAGAUUUAGUGCCAAAUUAUUCGAAAGACAUCAUUUUCAGAGACGAGGAGGGGACGGGCAGCGACCGCCUGAUGAGCAAUCGCUGCAAGGAGAAGCUGGACACGCUGGCCAUCUCCGUGAUGAACAUGUACCCAGGAGUGAAACUACGGGUGACUGAGGCCUGGGACGAGGAAGGGCUGCAUGCGCCCCAGAGUCUCCACAAUGAGGGGCGAGCGGUGGACGUCACGACGAGCGACCGGGAUCGAUCCAAAUACGGAAUGCUCGCAAGACUGGCGGUGGAAGCUGGCUUCGACUUUGUGUAUUACGAAUCAAGGGCCCACAUCCACUGCAGCGUCAAACCGGAAUCUGCAGAUGGCGCCAGAUCCGGAGGUUGUUUCAGCGCCAAUUCCACCAUUCAGACCGAAACGGGCAGGAAAAGAAUGGCCGAGCUGAGAAUCGGAGACAGAGUGCUGGUCACUACUCCACGAGGUGACCUGGAAUACAGCGAAGUCAUCCUCUUUCUCGAUCGUAACCCGACGGACAAUAGGACGUACAUCGCCAUCGAAACCGAAAGUGGUGCCAAAAUCACCCUCACGCCGAGUCACUUGAUUUUCACCGAACCAGACCAAAGAACGGCCGACGUCACGAACUUGUACGCCACGUAUGCCAAAAACGUCCAAAUCGGACACUACGUGUACGUCGUGAGUCGAACCGGAGCGCACCCGCGAGGCCAGCUCAUCUUAGAAAAAGUAAAGAACAUUGCCGUAGAAUCAGAAGUGGGUGUCUACGCUCCGUUAACACGGCACGGGACGGUCGUGGUGAACGAUGUAGUAGCGUCCUGCUACGCUAUGAUGUACGAGCAGUCCUUGGCCCACUUGGCGUUUAUGCCAGUGAGGCUUUUGCAUAACUUUAAGCAAGCGUCGGUGCAUGCUUUACAAAAAUUACACUUCGUAAAGUUCAGAACGAACAACACGAUAGAGGAACAUCAAGGCAUUCACUGGUAUGCGACGAUGCUGUAUUAUUUAAGUCGAACAUUACUACCAAAAAGCUAUCUGUACACGUAAAGGUAGCGCUCCUGCUCUCGAGUCUUAAGACUUGAGAUCCCACUUUAUCUUGUCAAGAAAUAUUUAUUAGAUAUAGCGCCAGGACUUUCUAGCGCAAAGCAUAAAAUAUUUAUUUUAGAAAUCAUGCGACUCUGAUUCAAGAGUUAAAGAUGGGGACUUUUCCGAAGGCACGAAUUCUCAGACGUAUAUCACCUCCUCCUCCUCUUUAAGAGGAUAAAGUUUUAUGUAGAAUUAAGUUCAAAUGCUGUACAUAUGAAACAUUUUACGAAUUUUCAUUUGAAGUUGAUGAGGACCUGCACAUGAGUUCCUUCUGUAAUUUAUGAGUCUUUGUUUCCGAAUGGCAAAUUCCGAGACGCCUUUGCCAUUAGUGGCAGAGGGAAUGAAGGCUUUGCAAAUAACGCGUAAGCUUCAUUUUCAAGCAGCUGAACUACGAGAGCUUCGCAUUUAGCAUAGAAAGAUUAAAUUUGCUUUGGUCCUUUUACUUUGCUAUCGUGACAGGAAUGCAUCAUAACAAAGUAAACUGAAAUUUGAUUUUUGUAUGUUGAAAUGCUUGCAAAUAUACAUAUGUUUAAUAAACUUUCCUGCAUGAAAGUAAUGCUUGUAAAA